UACUGUUUUGGCAUACAACAUCCAUUUUCAUUCAAUAUGUCUAUCGACAAUAUUUCCCAAUCAAAUUAUUUCCUAGAUUUCCCCAUCAUCUGGCUAACAUUGCUGGUAAUUUUCAUAUGGGGUGUAAAGAUUUUCACAAAGAAGCCUUCACAAAAAGUUCUCUUGAUAGAUUUUGCAUGUUACAAGCCCCUUGCCACACAAAUGUGCACCAUAGAAAAAACACUAAAAAUAGCCAAACUAAUGGGGAAUUACUCUGAUGAAAUAUUGGAUAAAAUGAGAAUGGCUAUGAAGAAAGUGGGACUUGGUGACUUCACUUAUUUGCCAGAGACUUUGCUCACAAAAUCUCCAAAUUUAUGUUUAGAGACUUCAUUAAAAGAAGCCCAAAGUGUCAUGUUUGGAGCAUUGGAUAUGCUUUUUGAAAAGACCAAAAUUGAUCCAAAAGAUAUUGGAAUCCUAAUUGUGAAUUGUUCUGUUUUUGAUCCAGUUCCCUCGUUGUCUUGUAUGAUAGUGAAUCAUUAUAAGAUGAAUGAGAAUGUUUUAAGCUACAAUCUUGGUGGAAUGGGUUGCACUGCUGGAUUAUUAGCCGUUCGUCUUGCAAAUCAAUUGCUUCAGGUGCAUGAGAGCACGUAUGCUCUAAUAUUGAGUACAGAGAACACUUCACACUGUUGCUACCUUGGCAAGGAUCAAUCCAAAUUAAUACCUAAUUGCACAUUUCGCGUAGGGGGAGCUGCUAUCCUACUCUCUAAUCGUUCAUCGGAUUGAAAUUCGUGCAAAUACGAGCUGCUUCAUGAUGUUCAUUAUAACGGAGCAAGUUCAGAUCGUUCAUACAAAUCACUUCUCCAAGAAGAAGACGACGAUGGACUAGUUGGAGUUUCCAUAACUAAAGAUCUCUUAGUUGCAGCAACUAAUGCCAUUGAAACCAACCUCACUUUACUAGGUCCCUUGAUCCUUCCCUUAUCUGAAAAAAUUCUUUUCCUGAAAAAUAUUGUCACCAGAAGGAUUUUUGGGGUUAAAAAGUACGUACCAAAUUUCACCAAAAUGGAUCACUUUCUUCCACAUGUGGGAGGGUUACCUGUACUUAAUCAGUUGCAGAAAAUUUUGGGAUUUAGUGAUUUGGCUAUGGAAGCUUCGAAAAUUUCAUUGAAAAGAUUUGGGAAUACUUCGAGUAGCUCGAUUUGGUACCUAUUGGCUUAUGCAGAGGCUAAGGGAAGAAUCAAGAAAGGUGAUAAAAUUUGGCAAAUGGCUUUCGGGUCGGGUUUUAAAUGUAGCAGUGUGAUUUGGCGUGCCAUAAAAAUUGUUGAUAGCAAUGACAUGAAAAAUCCAUGGAAUGAAGAGAGUGAGGCUCUAAUUGAUCUCAAUUUGGACAAAAAUGCACCAUCCCAUGGCUAUUUUGAAAUUUGAGCCAAAACUAUUGAGUUCGAACUCUAUUUUAUCUUGUAUUUUAGUCAAGAUUUAUAAGUUCUGAUUGUAUUGCAUUUUAGCAUCAACAACCAUUAAUUAUAUCAUCUCAACAUUCUUAAAACCUUAUCCCAUACUACUGCUUAAUAAGAGCCAUUAUCCUUCCCAUAAAAAAUUAAGUCAUCUGAGUUCAAUCCUGCCUCAAUGUUAUGACCAUAUAGCUAUA